AUGACUCUGAAUAUUCAAGAACAACAAAAAAACAGCGCUAUCAAUAUGUUAAAUUUGAACGAGUACAAUGAUAAUCUGAACAGCAGUGGCAAUAUCUUGUACUAUUCUCAUGACAAAAUAUGGAAAAUACUAAUAUAUGAUACGGAAGGUCAGAAUAUAUUGGCUCCAUUACUUAAGGUUGGAAAUUUAAGGCAUCAUGGAGUUACAUUAAAUUUGAAUUUACAUAGGCAGAGAAGUACCAUUCCAGAAGUGAAUGCAGUAUACCUAAUUGAUAAUAAUAAAGAAAAUAUUGAUAAAGUUGUAAAAGAUAUGGCAAGCAACAUGUAUGGAAGUUAUUAUAUCAAUUUUUUAUCGUAUGUGUGCGAAGAAAAUUUAACAUAUUUUGCAAAUGAAUGUGUAAAAAAUAAUAUAGCUUCUUAUGUUUCUAAAAUUACGGAUAGAUAUAUAAAAUUUGUUAGUUUAUCAAGUAAUACGUUUUCUUUAAACAUUCCCAACUGCUUUAGUAUUUUACAUGCAACUAGCGAUAAAAUAAUCCAAGAUGCUAUGGACAGAAUAACCGAAGGUCUUAUUUCAUUUUUAGUUACCUUAGGGAUUAUUCCUAUCAUUAGAGUUUCUUCAAAUUCUUCUAAUCCAUCAAAAACUAUUGCUGAAAAGUUACAUAAAAAAAUUUACGAACUAAUAAAUUUAAGGUCUACUAAUAACUAUGUUUUUAAUUCCAAAACGGUGCAGAGACCCGUGUUAAUUUUGGCAGACAGGGAAGUUGAUUUGAGUGUCAUGGUGCAGCAUGCAUGGACCUAUCAGGCCCUAAUCCAUGACGUCUUCGAUAUAAAGCUUAACAAGAUAAAUAUGCAUCAGACUGUAGAAAGUAGCUUAAAUAGUUCAAGUAAAGUAAAUGGAACACAACAUUCGAAUGUCAAAUACUACGAUAUUGAUAAUAACGAUUCGUUCUUCUUAACCAAUUGCAAUAAGCCAUUCCCUGAAGUUGCAAAUAACAUCAGUGAGUGCCUAAAUGAGUACAACGAGAAGAUGAAAAAUUUGAAUAAAAACGAGAAAGGUGCGAAUGGUGUUAUAGGGGGAAAUAAUAAUCCCAGUGGAGAUAACAUCACUGGAGGACUUAUGUCAGCCAUGAACAUAUUACCCGAAAUGACAGAACAUAAGAGACUUUUGGAUAUGCACACAAACAUACUGACAGAACUGAUAAAAGAAAUAAAGGAGAGAGAAUUAGAUAAGUUUUACGAAAACGAAUUCGAUUUUGAAAGUUGUAAUGAAAAAAUAUGUAUACAACAUAUGAAGAAUAUUCUGAGCUCAUCAAAAGGAAAUCUCAUGGAUAAAUAUAGAGCAUUUUUAUGUUUAUAUUUAGCCAAAAAAAAUAUGAACAAACAAACAAUGGAUACAUUUAUGCAGGAGUUAAAAAAUAUGAACAUAGAUAUAUCAUCUCUUUAUUUUAUAAAUCAGCUAGAAAAAUUCAAAACAAUGAACAUACAUAUCCAUGUGAAUAAUCCAUUAACGCCUUCGAACAGCGCUACGACAACAACAUUUAAAGACCAAUUAAAUACAUACAGCAACAUUUUUAUCGAUAAGGGUAUAAAUAUAUUACAGGGUGCUAAAAAUUUAUUGCCUAAAAGAAGAGAGAUUAAAAUAACCAAGCUUGUUGAAACAUUGAUCGAAAACAAACCUUCCUCUUUGAAUGACCAGUUUGUAUAUAUUGACCCCAAAUUUCCACCCAGCGAUAAUAACAGUAUCAAUAGUAAUAACCAUACUAAUAACUUUACAGAAAAAAGUUACAUUAGGCAGGAGCAUGUAAAAGAUUAUAUCAUUUUUGUCAUAGGAGGUGGGAACUAUAUUGAAGUUUCUGCUUUGAAAGAUUUGGAGGAAAGAAUGAACAAAAAAAUUAUAUAUGGCACUACUGACUUUGUUCGUCCAGAGAAUUUUGUUCAGGAACUCAACGAUAUAGGUCGUUCCUUCUCGACGUGA